AUGAAUUUUUGUCUUGAUUUAAGUUUCAUGAAAAUGAAGUUUUCACACGAUGCAAAUUUAGUUUUGAGUUCAAUACGACAUCAUAGAGAUCUAUUCAGUGGAGGUUCUUCGUUGGGAAUUCCCGAUGUAAAUACUCAUGUUGGAAGUGUUAUUCAUGCAUUUGAAACUCUCGCACACCAAAGACAGGCAAAGGAAAAUGAGGAAACGCUAGAAAAAAUGUAUAAAGCUACUAAACCAAAUUCAAAUCAUGUGAAACGUGAUUCAAUUUAUAAAAUUAUUCUCCCUCCACAUUCACUGAGACAGAAUGCAGUUCUUGAUGACUUGACAAAGAAAGUUGUGAGACACCAAAAAAGAAAAGCCCCAGUUCCUGAACCUCUGCUUAUCAACAAUGUCUCAGAAUCAACAGCUUCUGAUUCAAUGAGCUUAGAUGACAAUGGCUUCAAAAGUUACAGAGAAAUGCCUAAAUUUUAUGCCAAAAAUAAUAAAGUUCUUCCACCUUUCCCUUCUACGGUGUCACAAGGCACUCAAAUUCCACUCAAAAAGAAACUAAGCAGUAACAAAAAAGAGAGGAAUGACAACAGAGUAUCAGAUAAUUUCUUGUUAUUAUCAAAAACCAAACCAGAUGAUCCAUAUACGAAAUCUUUUAAAAAACCUUUGAAAAAUAACUUAAAAAAUACUCUUGAAAAUGAUUUUUUACGCGGUUCUACAGUUAGCCAGUCAUUCAUUAAAAAUGUUGUUAAGAAGCCACCUUCCCAUAAAAUUUCAACCUACGAACAAAACUUUCUAAUCGAUCCUAAAAGAAAUAAAGAUGAAGAAAAAAGUUUGGAUAAUGAAGUUAAAAUGAGAUACAAGCAAUAUAAAAGUUAUGAUGAUAAGAACUUUUAUGACAAGAAACGAAACGAUUUUCAACCACAAGCUACCGUCGAGCUAUAA